AUGUUCUCCUCGUUUUUUUCGACUGCUCCUCCUGUGGAUCCUACCGCUCCCAACUUCCACCCUGUUUCCUCCAAGUUCAAGGAUGGAGAACUGUUCGGUGAACUUGCACAGAAAGACACCGAGUUGCUUUGUACGGCCAGUGGAUUUGUGACUGAAACCCAGGUUUUUUACACCAUCGCGAACGAUGGAACGUCGAUAACGUGUCAAUUAAUCCAUUCCUCGGUGGGGAUGUGGUAUCCUACUAUCCAAUUUGUCUGCAAGAUAUACAAUCCGAAGACCAAGGAGUUGACAUGGAAAUCAGUCAAUGUAAACAACUUCGUCUGCCCCCCUCCAGGCCGUGACAGGAGAUCGACUAAAGCAGACGAGUUUUCCUUCACCCACAAGUCUACACCAGGAUCGGAUCAUCCAGAAUCAUAUACCAUUAGUGCCAACCCAACCCCCGAUUUACAGAUAUCACUGGAAAUCUCGCGACCAGCGAAGAUUCCUGGGUUCAAAGUUGGCAAGGGAGAUCAGGGUGGAUACUCAUACUUUGGAGCGGAUCCUAAGAACGCAGAUGGAUACGUCAUUCACCGAUUCUGGCCUCGUUACAAAGCCAGUGGACUUGUUGUCAUGAAUGGAAAAGCGUUGUCGGUGGAUGGCACUGGGAUGUUUAUUCAUGCCAUACAGGGCAUGCGACCAAACCUCGUCGCUGCCUCGUGGAAUUUUGCCUACUUUGAUAGUGAUGAACUGGGAGGGACGUCCGCGAUUCAGAUGGAAUUCACCACGACGGAUGCCUAUGGGCUUAAAGGUGCUGGCUCCGGUGGUGUAGUUGUGAACGUGGGAUCACUUGUCGUGCGAGGCAAGCUGGUAGCAUUGACGGCAGAGACGAAGGGACCCAAUGUGGCCAAGGGAGACGAAUCACGCCUGAAAUCGAGAGCUACUCAUCUCAAACCCAUACAUGAUCCUGAUACUGGUUACAACAAACCAUGUGAGAUCCUCUACGAAUGGACAGGACCUUCCUUUUCGCCAGAGACCCCAGGAAUUUACCGUGCAUCUACGAUAGUUGACAUCGGAUCAGAAGACAAGGGCUUGAUUGAGAAGGUGGAUGUGCUCGCGGAAAUACCUUACGUGCUCAAGAUGGCUGUCAACUAUGUUGCUGGAACCAAACCGUAUAUCUAUCAGUAUAUCAAUCCGGCUACGCUUUCAUUAACUGAACCAGGCUCUGAGACGCCACUCGAUGUUCAGGGUACAUUGUAUAAUGAGGCUACCUUCAUCUCUUGA